AUGUGCUGCAGAACAGUAAGUAAAGCACUCGCCAAGGCCUUGAAAAGCAGGUAUUUCAUACCUUAUCUCCUGUACAUGCACCGGGAGAACAUCCUCCAGGGUGACAUCGAUUUCAACUACUCUGGCGACAACCUCCUUGAGCGGGCGGUGACGAAAGUGCCACCUUCGGAUGUUGAAGAGUUCGCAUCUCUGCUCAUGAACGGAGGUGCCGAUGUCAACCUUCCCUCAAGAGACGGCUACACUCCACUCCUCUCUGCUUGCAGCCGUGGCCUCUCAACGGUGGCCGAGAUCCUCCUGCGGCGCGGCGCUCGCAACGAAGCUGGUCCGAGAGGCAGCACGGCUUUGGCGGAAGCUUUGGCUUUCUUCCAAGCCUGCGUGGAGCAACGUGCAAUCGAGCGUGGGGAGGACCUGGACCUGGGUCGUCUUUGCUGCAGCCUGAGAAGUGACGGCAUCGAGAUGGCACGACGUCGUGGGCUUCCGGAGCUCACUUUAGCGCGGCUCCGCCUUUCCGAAGCCGCGACGGAAAAGGCCUUGCUCGGGAGUGCAGGUGUUGCACUCAGACAGGAGGAGAUCUUAGCCAAGAGCGGCUUGGACAAGAGCUUCGCCGAAAGCCUUGGCCCGGAGCUCUGGGCUGGUUGGCCGUUGGCUUUCCUGACCUUCGACCUCGACAUCAAAACCAGGGGUGCGAAGGUCACCAAGGAUUUCGCGAACGCUCGGUCCCGCAUUCUGUGCUUCAAGCUGGGCCAGGAGAACAAGAAGCCCGACCCGCACAUCUGCUCCGGCGCAUGCUUCGACUUCGACGUCUGCGACCUCUCAAGCUGUCAUCCCUACAUCGAUAUGGUGGAUAUCAAGACUCGGAAUCGGAAGUGGGACGGACCGAUUUGCGAAGGCAGGCGCUUCCGGCGCGUCCCGGUGGCUUCCGGUAUCCGUGGCCACUCCUACUCGGCAAGGAUGGCGCGCCGGAUGCCUUCGGCUUACAGGGGGCACCAUGUGGCAGAGACCCUGCGGGGAGGACGCCCAAAGCUCCGGAAGUUUCAGCUUGUUCAGGAGCAGCUUCGAAUGGAGACAUGUGCGCUGUGA